AUGCUCUCCCGUGUUGCUGCAGUGAAGGCACCCCGCACACACAACCGUCGCCGUGUGACCGGAUCCAGCGGGAGGAGGAGGGAAGGAAGAGAGAGUGAGCCGCGGAGGCCCAACAUGUCACGGCGUGCGUUUGCUUUUGCGGUGCUGCUCCUUCUCGUCGUGAUGAUGUGCUGCAGCAGUGGAGUUGCGCACGCUGAGCAGGCAGUGGCCGCUGUUGAUCCUUUUACAGGGACGUCGUCGGUAUCAUUUGCUAAUUGGAAGGAGUUUGACGAAGCCAGCAGGGAAAUCACCUCGCUCCGUGUUCCUGGCCUCGUCAAAGUGGGUGAUGAUGUAUUUGCCGUGGCUGAAGCGCAGUGCGGGGAAAGGAAUAGAGCCGGCAGCUAUGCUGGGAUUGUGUCAAAGCACCUGAAUAUAAGUGAUGACUCAAUGGAUAUUUCGACGUCGGCUGCAAGUUUGUUUUGCAUGCAACUUGUGGACACCGCCGCGAAUAAUUUUGGGGCAACGGAAUUGUUGCGACCGACGACAGUUGUAAUUGAGGACAGUGUCUACAUGCUCCUGGGAAACUACGGCCAUACAAAGCAGCAGGUUGAAGGUACGAAUGAGCGGGGCCUUUUACUCGUGAAGGGAACUGUCGCUGAAGAUGAUGGAAAGAAGAAAAUCAGAUGGAAUGAGACUCAUGUGAUGAACCCUCAAGCCAUAGGAUAUUCUGGUUCCUUGACCGAGUUAAUUGGCGGUGGAGGAUCGGGUGCUGUGAUGCGUGACGGCACGCUUGUGUUUCCUAUGCAGGCCAAAAACAGUGAUGAGGAGCGUGUUUUACUGUCUAUGCGUUUUAACCCGUCAGACAAAAAAUGGAAGCUUUCAUCCGAGACGCCUGGUAAGGGCUGCAGGGAUCCAACCCUGGUGAAGUGGAAAGAAGGAAAAGACGACGAAAGACUCCUCAUGAUGGCUCAUUGUGCUGGAGGCUACUAUGACGUUUACAUGUCCACUAGGAGUGGGGUGGGUUGGUAUACGUUGGGUGAGCCAAUUAACCGCGUGUGGGGCAACUCACGUAAUCGAAAGGGGUACGGCGUCCAGAGUGGAUCCACCACCGCAAUCAUUGAGGAAAAGGAGGUGAUGCUCAUCACUGCGCCGGUGUAUGCGAAGGACGACAAUGAAGGUGGAAAUGGUCGGCUCCAUCUUUGGGUGACGGACAAUGCGCGUGUGCAUGAUGUUGGGCCGGUAUCCCGUGAAAAUGAUGACGCUGCCGCCAGCUCGCUGUUGAUGAAGAGUGGGAAGAAUAAUAAUGAGGAGUUGAUUUCACUGUACGAGAACAAGAAUAGCGACGGAAAGUACAAUCUUGUUGCUGUGCGUCUGACCGAGAAACUGGAGCGGAUAAAGAAAGUGGUGAAGACAUGGAAGGAUUUGGACAGCGCCUUGCAAUCAUGCAGUUCCGUUUCCAGCGGCACUUUUGACUUGCCAACGAAGGGUAUGUGCAAUGGUACUGUUCCCACCAAGGGGCUUGUUGGCUUUUUGUCCGGUAACGCAACUCAGACCGAGUGGAGUGACGAGUACCUCGGCGUGAACGCAACAGUGAAGAAUGGAGAGAGAAGGGUUCUCAAUGGACUGACGUUCAAAGGGUCUGGAGCAUGGGCGGUGUGGCCUGUUGGCGACAUGGGGCAGAAUGUGCCGUACUACUUUGCGAACAACGAGUUCACUCUUGUGGCGACGGUGUCCAUCCACGAGGUGCCGCAGAGUGGCAGCCCCAUUCCUUUGAUUGGCGUGAGGAUGAAUGACACCAGCAGCACGGUCCUCUUUGGUCUGUCGUACACCCACGAAAAGAAGUGGCUGGCCAUACCGGGGAAUAGUGCUACUGCGAAGCGUGUUUAUGUGUGGGAGCCAAACAGGACGUAUCAGGUGGUACUGCGAAUGGAUUCUGAUGAAUGGAGUGUCUUUGUGGAUGGAAAGGAAAUCCGCCAAAAGAGAUAUAAUACUAAUCUGUUUAACUCGCACAGGAUUUCACACUUCUACAUCGGUGGGGACAGUAAGAACCAAAGUGCAACGGGCGGCCAUGUGACGGUGACUAACGUCAUGCUGUACAAUGAGGAACUGUGGAGAAAUGAUGAUCUGGAUGAACUCAAAGCCAGCAAAGUCAAUAUUCCAUCACUGGGUGUUGAGGAACAACCCACAGGACAGGUGGCCAGCACAGACCUCCCGGUUGCUUCCGAGUCAAAGAGUGAAGAAAGCGCCAUCUAUGAGGAAUUGACUGAGGAUGAUACUGAUAAACGAGAGGAAGAAAUCGUUCAUGAUCCGGUGCCUGCAACGCCCCCUUCCACGGUUGUUGCGGGAUCCUCUAUUUCUGAGCCCGCCAUUGCAGCGGAGAGCGCAGAGAACUUUCAUCAAGGGAACAAUGUUCAGCUUUCCGAAGGCAAAACGUCUCGGCAAGCCACGCUGCAUGAAGACAAUAAUGCGAUGAAGCAGGAUUCAGAUGUGCAGCCACAAGACCCACAGUCAGCGGAAUUAAUGGAGGAUACCGAUUUUGAAAUGUUCUCUGAAAGUAAUGAUACACAACAGCCAGAGGAGGAUGAAGAGGCGGAUGACAGGAGUGGCGAAACAACGUCUCCAGUAGCUGCGUCGUUGAGUAUGGAAACGGCCGCCGGACCAAUGGACGGUGAGCACCAAGUGCAACAAAGCAUUGACCUUCCCGCUGAAAACGACGACGUGCGGUCCACUGGAACCGGAACCACUGGCGCGGAGGAAAGCCUCAGCCUCGAGGCGGGCGACGGAAAUUCCGAGAGAACAAUGAACUCAGACAGCAGCUCCACUCCUUCAAAGAGGGACGCCGAACCGACAUCCGCGGAGGACACCGAAGACGUCCCUUGGACUGAAAGGGCUGAAUUUCUUGUUGAAAACGGCGAGGAGGUGCCACAGACGGUUGAAACCGCAUCGGGUAAGACAAGCACAGCGCCUGGGGAAACCGAGAUCCCAUCGGAGUCCAACGCAACAACACCCUCGGACACUGAAAUUUUGCUUGACAACGGGCAUUUGGGCGAGUUGGCGGCCAUGUAUCUAAUUGGUGACAGCACCGUGCAAGUGUGUGUGUCUCGGGUGUUGUUGCUGCUGCUUCUGGGGCUGUGGGGCACUGCGGCUCUCUGUUGA